UGGCCUGCGACUAAACCGAUCCUGAGUCAGUUCUACGAGAAAACCCUCGUCCAGGAAGUUGGCAGGAAGUCCAGCCUGCUGCCGCAGCAGCCAGCAUUUCUACACGGUCACGGAACACGUACAUGUUGUACUGUACAAAUUUGGCUUAUUUUUUUGUUUUAGACAUUAUUUUUCCUGACCAGUUUUGCCUGGCUGCUCUUGAGCAAUGGACAAGCUUCGUCGUGUGCUGAGCGGCCAGGAGGAAAACGAGGAGCUGGGUCUCACCGCACAGGUCCUUGAUGCCAGCACUCUCAGCUACAGCACCAGGGUGAAGUGGUUCGCCAUAUGCUUUGGUGCAGGAAUCCUGUGUUCCAUACUCGGCUCGGCACUGCUGUUUCUCCCCAACGGCAUCAAGCUUUUUGCAGUCUUCUACACUCUAGGGAACAUCUCAGCUCUGUCCAGCACAUGCUUCCUAAUGGGACCUCUAAAACAACUGAAGCGCAUGUUUGAACCAACAAGACUCAUAGCCACCAUUGUUAUGCUGCUCUGUCUCAUCUUAACACUUUGUGCAGUGUUUUGGUGGCAUAAAAAGGGAUUGGCUAUCAUCUUCUGUAUUAUGCAGUUCUUGGCAAUGACGUGGUAUAGCAUCUCUUACAUUCCAUUUGCCAGGGAUGCAGUGAUCAAGUGCUUCACAACCUGCUUGAAUUAAAGCUCAGGAUCUUCCAGUUGCUGUUCAACACUGGUUGAAAUCUGCAGACUGCAGCAAGAAGAACUUUGUAAAAUAUACAUUGAUAUUGUUUAGAUUUGAUUAUUGUAUACACUAUUCUUUCAGAUUCUGACUUUGGUUGUAUUAAAAUGUGAAUUCUUGCUUUUCAAGCAUAGCUUGACACAAAAGUGUUAAUCAGACUGUAGCACCAGUCUUUUGCUUUUGAUGGUGGAGUUAUAAAUGCCUUUAAUGCUUAAUAUAUUUAAGAUUCACUCAAGAUGUUCCUAUGUUUUCUGAGGAUUUUAUACAGUUUAUAUGCAGGGAAGCAUUUGACUUUAUUAAGCAAAGUAAUUUACUUCAAAAGUGCCUUAACAGCUUCAUAAAUGGAGAUAUCUGUUGAUAUUUUGACCAAACACACAUAUUUACAUUUUAAGCAGCAUAAACUUUGAUUUUUGUCUGAAUUUUAAUUUCCUUUGGCUUCUUACAAGAAAGCAUUCUUAAAAUGUUGCCUUUUUUGUAUUAUAUUUUGUAAAUGUGUGAAGAGUUUCUCAGAUAUGAUGGCAUGCUUAUCAGAUUGUUUUCCUUUCACAGUUGAACCAAUGCAGCACUAUAUGCUCCGGGAUGAAUGAUACCUACAUGUCUUUUUUUUCUUCAGCUGAUGAGAUUAAAAUAGCAGCUCUUGUAACUGGACUGGCAGUCUUAACUGCACAUUCCAAUUUGAUUUCACCCCCACCCAUGCAUAAAAAAAAAAUAAAAACAAUGCUUCUCCUGUUUAAA